AGUCUGGUAAUGGCGGAUUAAGUAAAAUUGUCUUUGAAAUAUUGGAGAUCUGCCGAAGUUGCUGUAGUUUCUGGCUGAAAUUUAUCCCUGUCCCUCUCGAUUGUUAUCUUUAAGAAUAUAUCAGCCACGGAUUUGAUGGCUGAACGUGAAGAAGACGUCUAUGAGAGAAAGGAAAGCAAGAAAGAUAAAGGGUAUGUGGCCUUUCGAUCUGACGAUGACAGCGUCGGCGAAGAAGAGGAAGAAGAGUCUAGGCCUAAAGGCAAGAAAGUGAAGAGAGAAAAGUCAAGAUCACUGGCUCUUCGCAUAAAACCUAAAAAGCAGAAGAAGGAGAAAGAAAACAAAGAAAAGGAAAAGGAUAAGAAAAAGAAGAAGAAAUCAGAAACACUCUCACCUCCUCAGGCACCAAGGAAGGCUGUGUUUGGAGUUCCUUUGGAAGUUGCAGUCAAACAAUCCAGGUUCCCAGAUGGAGUAGAACUGCCAAGAGUAUUCAGAGAGGGGAUCGUUUACAUUGAAGAAAAUUGUCUGGAAAUUGAAGGGAUUUACAGAGUAUCUGGAAUGAAGUCUAAAGUGGACACCUUAAAAGAACUGUAUGACCAAGGAAAGUCAGUGGAUCUCACAGAGUAUGAAGCUGAAGCUGUGACCAGCCUGAUCAAGCUGUACAUCAGAGAAUUACCUGAAAAUAUACUCACCUCUGCACUGCUUCCAAAGUUCAAUGAAAUAUCAGCUACACAAGAAAGAAAAGAUCAACUGGAGAAGGCCAAACUUCUGUUAGCAGAACUACCAGCAUGUAACAGGACCUUGUUGGCUUGGCUGUUCACUCAUAUGUCACAUGUUAUAGAAAAGUGGCCAAACAAGAGGCAGUUCUCUCUCAACUUCAUGAAGAUCUCAACAUGAAAACAGACAAUUUGCAGUUUGCAGGUCAAGAUGAAAUGCUCUGGGAAGUCCAACGGAAGGUGACCCUUCUCAAGAGAAAGCUUAGGAAUGCUAGGAAGAAAAUUCCACAAACCCCACAACCAGUGGAACACCAGAAAACUCAAGUUACUGUUGAGAAGUUAGAACAUCCUUUUGAAAAACCAGCAGAGGAUAAUGGGUUAAUUGCACUUUUAGAAGCCUCUGAAGCAGAACUUUUACUUGAGCAAGAAGAGUUGACUCUAAUUGGAAAUGAGCUAAGGACACGGAUUGAAAAUGAGAGGAAAGAGAUUGAAAGAUUGAGUAUGGAAUUGACAGCUGCUAUGGCUGUAAGGGAACAAGAUCCAGACUCCACUGCAGACAGAAGUUCAGAAUCAGAUUCAUCUGAUAGUGAAGUUGAAAAUGAGGAUGACCUUGAAAGAAUUUUGGCAGAGCUUAUUGCACAAAAUGCAGAACUGGAGCGUAAGAACACAGAACUCUGCCGUAAUAUUCAUGACGAAAGAGAAGUUUGUGUAGAGCUUCAGGUACAGAUCAAAAUUCUUGAAGCCAAGCAAGAGCAGCAGACAGAUCCUGAUCUCCAGGAUCAGAACACAGAAAUCAGCUCAAUCAACACUUCCAGCUCUACAGUAACUACAGUCUGAUAUAAAAGCAUGUACAGAUCUUGAUCUGUUUAAUGGAUUGGUUGGUUGGCCUUCAAAUGAGUGAUGAAAAACUAUCUGAGGACACAUCAGCAUCACACCACAGGCACACCAUGUAGCACCACUGACAGGCUAAGUACCAGGUUGUACCAUUACUCAGCCAGUUUUUGUCAUGUACUGGAUGUAAAAGCUGCACCUUAAGCCUCUAAUAAAUACUAUAGUAUUAGUUUUAUAAGGCGGUAAUGAUGAAAUGGCUUGAAUAACAGCCAGCAUAUCUGCUCAUAAAAUUGGUUAACUCAUUGCAAAUUUGAGGAUGCUCUGGACCCACAAUUCACUAUGAAUAGUUUUUACAACAUUUUGAAGUAAAUGAAUUCUGAUAUGCUAACUAUUCAUAAUUUUCCUUACCAGUAUAAUUGCGAAUCAAGAAUUUAUGUAAAAAUUGAAUUAACAAAUUCCUUGCUUGUUUGAUAUUUACUUUUUAUUAAUGAAAUUUUUGUUUGCAAUAUAAACUUUACUAAGUUAGUGGUAUACAAAGUUGCAUUUUUUAGUAUACAGUCACCACAUAGUUACAAUAUAAUACAACAGUUCUGUUUGCAUUAAUCUUUUACUCCCAAGACUGAUAAAUGAUACCUAAAUGUCUGAAAAUUAAUUGCUCUGGGAAAAAAAGAGGAAAUUCAAGAAUCCUGACAUGUAUGAUAUGUUGUCUCAAUAAAGAACAAAACAAAUUUUCUAGACUCUCAAACCAAAAGACAUAAUAUAGCACAUUGCAAUCUGCAAUAAAUUACAGGUAUCAAGAAGUCACAUAUCUUGAGAGUGAAAUGGUUCUCUAAUUGCUACAAAAAUACUUUGAAGUUUUCUUUGAUUUUUGUAACUUGGGUGCAUCAUUUAUUUACUUAAUUAACUUCCAAACUUCAUCUACCUUUUUACUGAAUCUUCCAAGAAUGUAAUAUUUUUCAUCAGUCACUUUCUUGGCUGUAAUUAGCAAGAUCCUGAUUUCUAAUUUUGUUUUUCAAGAACAGUGUAAAUUUAUGUAUAGAUUGUUUAAAAACUCAUUUCACACCUAAGUUUUAUAAAACAAUAGAAAAGUGCAGUAAGCCCUGUAAGCUCAAUCCUUCAACUCC